AUGGAUGAUAUCGUCUGUUUCGUGUUGGUUGCCCUUGAAGGCUUGCUUUUAUAUUCAACAAACGGCCUAAUCCGAAACUAUCUCCCCAGCCAGAUCGUAACUAGUCUGUUCCUGGCCCAGUACCUUCCGCUCAAGUACUACCGCAUCUUCCUCUAUCGCCAGUAUUUCUCUCCGUUCCGCGACCCCCCGAGACAACGCUUGCGCAAACAUGCUCCCGCGAAGCUUGUACUGCUGUCGCCACAGGGCAACGCGGGAACUACAGACCGGAAAGUUACUGGGCGGAUAAACUUGAGUUACUUUUCAACGAGUUCAGUAACGAAUGCUUUUAGCUUCGGUGAGAAUGUCAAGAGGGAUAUCAGUACUGCCUGGGCAAAGCUUGAGGCAGUGUACCCACAUGCCACGAAAGGCAUGUUGGCGCGCGAUGACAUUGACAUUAAAACGCUGUUAGACGAUGACGGCGUGAGAAAUCUACUUGGGACCAAGACCACCAUAUGUCGGUCAACGGCUGCUCUGAUAUAUCAAGAUAUGCAGAGCUUUGUUGGACCCCGUGAAAAGCCAGAAGUAGCGGCUGGCAAGGGGGAAAUACGUCGUCCUGGCCAUUCAUCCAAGUUAGGAUUUUUACCGAAGCAGAUGUCUCGUCGACGGGGGCCUUUCCUGGUGGAUCUGACAGGAAUUACUGGUGCCUGUCCCACAGGCAGGACUUGUGUGGUUCGAUGGGUGGUGGUCAUAUUAGCUUAUAACGUACGGUUUGUGGUCAUAUGUCCUUCCAUAACUCGCAGUCUUGAUGUAGCUCGUCAAUUUUGCAUCUGCGUCAAAAUAGAACGGGCUUCCGAUGACAAAUCCGUCAAGCAGUACACAACUAAGUCCUUCAAGACCCAGCUCAACCUGGAUGGAAAACUCGGUGAUGUUACGGGAGUGUACAAUGAUACGAGGACUGGCACCCAACGGAACUUCAGCGAAGCUCUUCUGACCAAGACUACGAACACUUACAACCACAUAAAGAACUUGCCCAGCCACUCGAAACGAGCAUGGCAAGUGGGACGACACAUCCCAAGUCAAAAUUCCCAUGCAAUCUCUAGCUAUGAAGAGGUGGCAGGAAAUUCCUUCGAACCACUCUACGCCCAAGUCAAACAAACUAUACAGCGGCGGGCGAUCGCGAAGACUCUGCAAACAAGCCGCGCUGGGCGAGUAUCAAGGACACCGUAUUGGACCUCAAAAAACAAGCACAGAGCAAAGCCACAGAACACGACCAAUGGCUCUGCUCCUGCAGCGCAGGCAGCACAGAACGAAAUAAGGGCGAUUAUAUAG